GCGAUGAAUGCGAGCCAAACUCGCAAAGCAGAAAACAUCUUCCGGACUGCUCGGCUUCAAACUGGGAGGAAAAUGCCUCUUCCGACACCUAUAAUCAAAGAAAUACCAAUUUGCCAAAAAAUAUGUAAAACAAUCAACUUUAUCAAGAAAGAAGACAGCAAUUGUUAGAUAUUGUUUUAUUUUUUAUAAGCGAAUUCUGUAAACCACCUGGCAAGACUUGUAGAAUAUCUAAGGAUUAUUCAUAUCUCAGAGGCAGCGAAGAUGACGGUAAUAUACCUCCGUUACAUUUCCUUGUGUACUGUUUUCAUUGGAGUCGCCCAGACCUGCCCGGAGCCGUGCGUCUGUGUGGACAAGUACGCUCACCAGUUCGCAGAUUGCGCCUACAAAGAUCUGCAGGUGGUGCCCGUGGGCUUGCCUUCCAAUGUAACGACCCUCAGUCUCUCUGCCAACAAAAUCAAGACCCUUCUGAAGAAUUCCUUCGUGAAUGUUACCCAGGUCACCUCUCUAUGGCUGGCCCAUAACGAGAUCGUCACCAUAGAGAAAGGCACGUUGGCAGUGCUGGUUCAGCUCCGUAACCUGGACCUGAGCCACAACAAGGUUGUGCAUUUCCCUUGGGGAGAUCUCUACAAUCUCACUUCUCUCCAACUGUUGAAAAUAAACAAUAAUAACAUGGUGGAUCUUCCCAGAGAUGCCUUUUCUAACCUCAAAGAUCUGAGAUCAUUGCGCAUAAAUAACAACAUGUUCACCACCAUUGUGAAGGGGUCCUUUGACUCUCUAAGCUCCAUGUCCCAUCUUCAGAUCUACAACAAUCCAUUUGACUGCACAUGCACUUUACACUGGCUGAAAGACUGGGUAGCAAAUGCUCUUAUCUCUGUUCCAGAGCCAGACCUCAUAACCUGCGAAACACCUGAAGACUUAAAGGGAAUCCGUAUUGUGCAACUGCCCAACUUGGAAUGUGUGGCCCCGACUGUUCACAUAAUGUCCCAACCUAACCUUGAAAACAACCAAAUCAAUGAAGGUGUUAUGAUUAUCAUGCACUGUAAUGUCACGGGAAGCCCGAAACCAGAGGUUAAGUGGAAAAUUCGCACUGGAAACCAGGAAAUUGAGUUCAAUAUGCCCAUUACUGAGACCAAAAAGAAUGAUUUGCCUUUGGAGAAUUCGAAGCAGACAGCAAAUCGUUUCUUGAUGUUUAAGAAUGGUACGCUGGUCAUCCCCCGCACAAGUAAACGUGAGGAUGGUCGAUACACAUGCUUAGCCACCAAUGAGCAGGGUAGUGUGGAGAGCUCGGUUAACGUGGUAGUGGCGGGCACCCAGAAAUAUACAAUCAAUGCCAUACAAGACGCAAUCCUUGACAAGACCCCCACCUCUGCACGUAAACCUGGGGUAAAGGUUCCUAAAAACAAUGUCAUUAACUGGGCCAAACCAGACGACACUGGCAAGAUGACCUUCCCAACCAGGGCAACUUCUGGGUCCUUUGGUACUCAGCGUAGUGGCGUGGUGAUCUCAUCUGGGCAGCCAGCCUUUGGCAAGAAAUGUGGUGUCAGUGACAGCACCCAGUACAUUUCCAAUCAUGCCUUCAAUCAGAGCUCGGAUGAGCUCAAGCAACAUACUUUUGAUUUCGGGGUCAUUGCCUUGGAAGUGUCUGAAACCGAAGCUAAAGUACAGCUCAAUCCCUUCCAAGCACCCACAGAAAAGGCACAUCUGGAAAUGCUAUACCUGUGUAUAAAUAUGGGAAAUGGGCACUCUGUGGUUCAAUGGUCCAAGAUAGAGGAUGGUAUUAACGCUUAUCGAUUCCAGGGAUUGAACCCCGGUACCAAUUACACCCUGUGUCUCACCUAUACAGGGGAAAACUGCCAGGUUCAAGUUGUUUUCACUACGAGGAAGAAAAUCCCUUCCUUGAUGAUCAUAGUGGUAGUUAGCACCUUCUUGUUGGCUCUUGCCACUGUUCCACUACUGGGAGCCACCUGCUGCCACCUCCUUUACAAGUAUCAAGGCAAGACUUACAAGCUGAUCAUGAAAGCACACAACCCAGAUCAGAUGGAAAAGCACAUAACCACUGAUUUCGACCCCAGGGCUUCUUAUGUGGAAUCGGAAAAGAACUACAACCCCAGUGAUUCGGAAGAAGAGGAGGUUGAGAGGGAAGAGGGGGAAGGGGAGGGGGGAGUGGAGGGGAGUAUAAUAAAUGAAUCCAUCCCUGGGUCGCAAUCCAAAGCCAACCAAGAAGAAUUCGAAGUGGGGUCCGAGUACAGUGAUCGAUUACCACUAGGGGCCGAGGCUGUCAAUAUCUCCGAAGAAAUCAAUGGCAACUACAGGCAGACGGCCCGCUGACUUCCUCACAGUCACCCUGUAAUAUAAAUACUAACAAGUAGGUUAAACAAAGGAAUUUUCUCAACCAUUGCUUUAUGUGAGCCCUAGUAAAGGAGAUGCGUUUUUUUCAAACCCGUCGGACUAUUUAGAAUUGAGGGUAUGAGAAUAGAAACAAAAUUAAAAGGUCCGACUAGGGUUUUGGGAGCUAAAUUCCGCUAAAUAAUCGUGCUAUGACAUAAACUUCAGGGAAAUAAUUGGUUUAUUUUUCAGAUAAACAAAUACACGACCCUUUUGUAAUUAUGUUUCUUAUAACACGUAAAAGUACAGGACAUUAAAGACAUUAAACAUCAGGCUACUAGUGAACGAGACACGAUUUACUGCUAAUGGCUGUGCAGAAAGUGUGCUCGUCUAUUAUAAGCGCCAGUUUCCUUUAUUCAGGGCUCUGGCCAACAUAACUCCAUUGUGGUUUACGCGUGCCCUUGUUUCAGCCGUUUGAGGUACUGGACAGCGGCAUCUCACCUGCGUUUGUUCAUCGACUGUUUUCAUGUUCUGGGAGAUCUAAAGGGUUUUACUGUUAAACCGUAGACAGGCAUGUGAAAGUGCUGGAAAAAACUCCAUGUCACUUACAACCAGACAGUGUUAAAUGUUCCGUCGAGUUCCGAAAAUGUGUGACGUUACUCGUUCAGUAUAUGGGUGCUUAAUACCCCUCGCUUUUCUGAAGCAGUGUCUAAUCUCGUGUGCGCUUUUUAUUGAAUCUUGUCCAUGGUAUGUCACACAUCGAUAUUUUAAAUGUGUGUUUUCGAUAUAUAGUGUAUAGGACAUGUUGAAUAUUCUUAAUGUCAGUCAAUGUGAUGUAAAUGGUGUGUAAGGUAAGUUUUUUUUUUUUUAAAUUGAAAUUAAAUAGUUAAUUUUGUCUACAAAGUUAUGCAUUUGAGCGCUUAACAGAAUUCCGUGUUAAAUCAUUUAAAAUAGUGGAUUUUUUGGUGACUAAAUGUCAAAUGUUGUUAUUAAAAAAAAAAAAAAAAAAAAAAAAACGGUUUUUUCUUAUGU